GCGGCGCGGCCGCGGGGCCGGAGCGGCGGCGAUGCCGGAGUGCCCGGAGCUGCACCUGGCCGGGCGCUACAUUAACGAGGCGUGCGGCGGGCUGGUGUUCUCCGGCGGCGUGGAGCGCUCGGCGGUGGGCAGGGGCCCGGAGGUGCCGUUCCGCAGCGAGGCCUACCGCAUCUCGGCCACCGCCCGGGGCAAGGAGCUGCGGCUCACGCUGGCCCCGCUGGGUCCCGGGGCCGCCCAGGACCUCGUGUUCCGCUUCGGCAUGUCGGGGUCGUUCCGGCUGUGCCCUGCCGCUGAGCUGCCCCGCCAUGCCCACCUGCGCUUCCUCACCAGCGAGAGCGCCCCCCGCGCCCUCUGUUUCGUGGACGUCCGUCGCUUUGGCUCCUGGCGCCUGGGUGACGCCUGGCAGCUGGACCGCGGGCCCUGCGUCGUCUCUGAGUACCAGGCCUUCAGGGAGAAUGUGAUGAAGAACCUGGAUGACAAGGCAUUUGACAAGCCCAUCUGCGAGGCGCUCUUAAACCAGAAGUUUUUCAAUGGGAUUGGGAAUUACCUGCGCGCUGAGAUCCUGUAUAGGUUGAAGAUCCCUCCCUUUGAAAAGGCUCGGACUGUGCUGGAGGCCCUGAAGGAUCGGGAGCAGACAAGGAGGAAGAAGAAUUCUUCCCUGACACUGAGCAAGAAGCUGAAGCAGAUGCGGGAGAACCCGGAUCUCCUGGAGCUGUGCCACACUGUGCCCAUGGAGGUCAUUGCGACAGAGAAAAAUCUCCUUGACCCUGAUCACUCGGAUAACUAUGCCGCCUUCAAGAACUGGCUGCAGUGUUACUUGGUGCCUGGCAUGAGCUCCCUGCGUGACCACAAUGGCAGGACCAUAUGGUUCCAGGGAGAGCCUGGCCCCAUGGCUCCCAAAGGGCAGAGGUCCCGCAAGAAGCGCGCUCAGCUGAAGGCAGAUCCUGAGGCUCUGACCCCUGAGGUCACCACACGUGCUUCAAAACGGCGUCCCAAGACUGCAGAAAAACCCCCCGAGUCGUCCGAGGAGGUGUCUGAUGGGCCAAGGAAGGGACGUGCUCGUGGGAGGAAGAAAGCGACCGCUGCUCCGGCCCCAUCCCAGCCUGAGGUGCCGGUCAAAGCCAAAAGAAGCCGCCAGAUGCCUGCGCGCAGGGGCAGAGGUGCAGCCCCUGCCGUGUGAGUGUUGCACGCCGCCCCCGUCCUGAGGGGCAUUUUAACAUUUUAAUAGCUGCAGGAGCUCAGGGAGGGUCUGGCCAGGGGCCUGGGCUACUGCUGGGGGGAAAAGGGGCUGCUCUGUACCCAUGAUCACACCUGCUUGCUGCUGCUGCUGCAUCCUGCCCAUGUGCAAAGAAGCUGGGCUUGGUGAUGGGGCUGAUUGAUCCUGUGUCCUGCUGCUGUCCCCAGGCAUUUGAGGGGAGUAAGGGUCAUGCCCUAUCGUGCUGGACUGACCCAUCCCUCUGCCUAAAAGUGCAUUCCCCUCUCCCCUUUCUGGUUGCUGCCUGGAUCAUUGUUUUUAGCUGACUAAUAAAGUAUUUUGUGUAGUAA